AUGGAGAGCCGAGGGCGGCGGCCGCGGAGCCCCGAGCGCCAGAGGCCGCAGGCGGUGCGGAAGGUGCCGGUGGUGUACUACCUCACCCGGAGCCGCCACCUUGAGCACCCGCACUUCGUCGAGGUGCCGCUGGCCUCGCCGGAGGGGCUCUACCUCAGAGAUGUGAUUAAUCACCUCAACAUGGUGCGCGGCAAGGGCAUGGCGGCGAUGUACUCGUGGUCCUGCAAGAGGAGCUACAAGAAUGGGUUCGUGUGGCACGACCUUUCGGAGGAUGACCUCGUCGUCGCGGCGACCGACGGCGAGUACGUGCUCAAGGGCUCCGAGCUCGUGGACCAAUCCCCUUCAGGUCCAUUUUACCCUGUCAGUAACGGCAACCACCAAAAGCAACAGAGCAGACCGAAAGAGGGUGCACGGCAGCCAUUGCCAAGAGAUCAUUCCUACCCAUCCUCCCCUCCUAGCGUGAUAGUUAGAGAAGCCAAGGCCCGGCGGUCACCGUCUGUGCCCUCACAAGAUGAGGAUGACACCCCCUCUCCGUGCAGGGAUCGCUCCUUGGAGACCAUGUCACAGCAGUCGGAGGAGCCCCAGAAGAAUGAGAGGACUCAACUGCCAGUGAGCGGGUCUGCGAGCCCAGUAGAGUUCAGAGUUUACAAGCCCACCGGUUGCAUGGAUGCUGCAACUCAAACUGAUGAUCUUGGCAGAAGAUCGGGUCGCAGAGCACCCGAGUUGCGCAAGAAGAGUCUGAGCACAGAUCAUGAUGCUGUCGUUCGUGAAAUUACAGAGUACCGGCAAAGCCAUCCUCGCCGGUCAGCAGAUCUCCAAGGGAUCUCCAGGGAACUCCUGCACCAGUGUAUUACUCCAUUGAGCAUACCGUCGACCCAUGCCAAGUCCGAGAGUUUAGAGUCGUUGAUACGAGCGGAUAAUGUGACGAACAGCUUUAGGAUUCUUGAAGAGGAGGAUAUUGUUGUGCCCACCUGCCCAAAGCUAAAGCCGACAAAUGUACUGAUGCAGCUCAUCACUUGUGGCUCACUUUCGGUGAAAGAUCAGGAAAAUGCUGGAAUUGUUCAGACAUACAAGGCAAGGUUCCCAAACCUGAAGUUCCCCUCGCCGCUAAUUUCUCGCACCAUGAUGAUGGGUGAGCUUGAUUACCUCUCAGAAAAUCCCAGGUUAAUGGGAAUGAGGUUGGAAGAAAAGGAAUACUUCAGUGGAAGCCUUAUUGAGACUAAGAUGCAAAGAGAUGUUCCAGCUGAGAGAUAUUCAGCGCUUAAACGGUCUUCUUCCUACAAUGCAGAAAGGGCCGGCGACGCUCUAGAUUGCACAAGACGUGAAGAGGAUAAAACCGACGACACAUCAUCGCGCACGAGGUGCCUCCCCCGGACGCCAAUCCUGUCAUCCUUCUUGCACCCGAAGGGCGACUCGCUCAAGUCUCCCGUCUCGGACUGCCGGCGGAGCUCCUCGGCCCGGCAGGACUGCGACGCGGCCUCCGGGAACGGGAGCAGGAGGUUCGCCGACGCCUCGGUAGCGUCCGCGACUGCAACUACAAGGGCGGACUCGUUCAGGAAGGAGGAGAAGCUCGUCAAGAUCGAGGAAAGUUAA